CAUUGCUCAACGGCGGCUGCGUGGCGACGUCACGCGUACGAACGCGCUGACGUCACGCGCGCGCUGGACGUCCCGUUUUUUUUCUCGUGCUGCCGAUCUGUGCGGGAUCCGGAGCGCCGCUUCGCUCGUUCGCGAUGGCCAACAACAGACGGAGGGACUUAGGAAGCCUGCGCCGUUCCAACUGCCGCGCCGGGAGAUCGAACCGGCCCGGCGACCUCUCUCCUUCUGAAAACCACGACAAUAAGGAGCACAGUGCAAGCAUUCUGGCCGUGCCAUUCUCCGGCAACAUAAAGAACGGCCUGCGCGUCGGCAUGAAGAUUACCAUCAUGGGCAUCGUGGACAAGAAUCCAGACAGCUUCACGGUGAGCCUGACGUGCGGCGACUGGACCACGGCCGACGUGGCCUUCAACAUGGCGGCGCUCUUCGGCCCGCGCGCCAUCCUCAGGAACACCAUGCUCUCCGGCUCCUGGGGCAAGGAGGAGUCUACGCUGCCUUACUUCCCUUUCACGCUGGACCAGCCCUUCCGGCUGGAGAUCGCGUGCGAGCACCAGCGCUUCAAGGUGAGCGUCGACGGACACCUCAUCUUCGACUUCUGCCACCGCGUGCAGUCGGUGUCGCUCAUCAACACGCUCAAGAUCAAGGGCAGCGUCACCAUCACCAAGAUCUGCUAAGAGGCCCGAGGGCGCCUCGGCCGCGCCCGCUCGUCGCCGGGCGGCGGCGGCGGCGGCGGCGGCGGCGACGGCGGCGGUGACGGCGGUGGCGGUGAGACUACCACCAGGGAGAAGCCCGCGGUCGCGCUACACUCAUCGCUCUCCAAACUCGAACUUAACAAAAACUAAACGUAAAAAACAACACACACACACGCAAGGGGCAUUGCUGCAGCCGCGAUCGGAGGUAACGUUUAUUCCCUUUCGUACCCGGGGGGGGGGGGGGGGGGGGGGCGGUGUUGUUUUAUUUUUACUUUGUUUAGUAACCACGGUCCAAUUAUUUGUGUUGCUGCCGCUGAGCUGAGCGCGGCGUGGUUCAGGGUCCGGGCGAGCUUCGCUGCGCCUUGGCGGCCGUGCGUAAGCGUGGGCUUGCGUGCGGACGCGAUUCGUAUCGCCGGGUUUAUAUUUACGCUGGCGGGGGGGGGGGGGGGGGGGGGGCGGCAGAGGUGGGGGGCGUGCGGGCGAGAGGUCUCUGCUGCUGCCCAUCUCGACAAGCAUCAGCGGCCGCGAUCACGGCGUCCUCCUUGACGAGCGUGGCACACGCGCGCGCGAAUGACCCAGCGUCUGCGCGAUCGCCACUGGUCCUCGUCGCCACGCUCGCCCGGGCUGCGUGCCCGCUCGCGAUGUUUACUCUCCGUGCAUGCUGAGCGCGUCUCGCUUUGCGCCGCGCUCCCCGUUCUCCUUUCUCCGGGUUUAUUAAUUUUUUUUUAAAAUUCGGUUUGGGAAUGUC